CCGCUCCGCCUCUGGCGUUUCGCCCCGCUGCAGAGUCCCGCCUCUGUGCCCCAACCGCACCCCACAGUCCUGGGCGCUCACGAUCCGCCCCCUACGGAAGCCGAAGCGCAGUCAGAAUCCGGAAGAAAAACAACCCGGAGGGAAGAGUGCAGCUGAUACCGGCGACCAAGGGCUGCUCCGGCCCGCACUGACUGGAGCGCGGAGACACGAGCCUACCGGGUCACGGCGCGGGAAUAAUGUCGGCUGCGAACCUACAGAGGCCGAGCGCACCGAAAGGCAGUGUACUCGGUAUACAUGUUGUGACAUGGAAUGUGGCCUCAGCAGCCCCCACUGUGAACCUCAGUGACCUGCUUCAACUGAACAACAAAGACCUGAAUCUGGACAUAUAUAUCAUUGGUUUGCAGGAAAUGAAUUCUGGACUCAUAAGCCUUCUUUCUGAUGCUGCUUUCGAAGACCCAUGGAGCACUUUCUUCAUGGAUAUGCUUUCCCCUCUGAACUUUGUCAAGAUCUCCCAAGUCCGUAUGCAGGGGCUCCUCUUACUGGUCUUUGCCAAGUAUCAGCAUUUGCCCUACAUCCAGAUCAUCUCUACAAAAUCUACCCCUACUGGCCUCUACGGGUACUGGGGGAACAAAGGGGGAGUCAACAUCUGCCUGAAGCUGUAUGGCUACUAUGUCAGCAUCAUCAAUUGCCACCUGCCUCCCCAUAUGUCCAACAAUGAGCAGCGGCUGGAGCACUUUGACCGAAUCUUGGAGAGUCAGACUUUUGAGGGCUAUGAUAUUCCCAACAUCCUGGACCAUGACCUCAUUCUGUGGUUUGGAGACAUGAACUUUCGCAUUGAGGACUUUGGGUUGCUCUUUGUUCAGGACUGUAUAACAAGACAGUGCUACCGCGAGCUGUGGGAGAAGGACCAGCUCUCCAUUGCCAAGAGACGGGACCCGCUGCUCCGGGAGUUCCAGGAAGGUCCACUGCUCUUUCCACCCACCUACAAGUUUGAUAGGCACUCCAACAACUAUGACACCAGUGAGAAGAAACGCAAGCCUGCAUGGACUGACCGCAUCCUGUGGAGGUUGAAGCGGCAGCCACAGGCCAGCCCCAUGGUCUCCAGUCUGCCAACCUCCUACUUCUCACUGAUGCUAAAGAGCUACACCAGCCACAUGGCGUACAGCAUCAGUGACCAUAAGCCUGUCACUGGGACCUUCAACUUGGAGCUGAACCCCCUGAUGUCUGUCCCACUGAUCACCAUGAUGACUGAAUGCCUGUGGACCAUGGAGAACGACAUGUUGAUCAGCUACGCCAGCACCCCAGAGUUCCUCAGCAGUCCCUGGGACUGGAUUGGACUAUACAAGGUAGGGAUGCGCCACAUUAAUGACUAUGUGUCCUAUGUCUGGGUUGGCGACAACCAAGUCUCCUAUAGCAACAACCCAAACCAGGUAUACAUCAACAUCAGUGAUGUCCCUGAAAGUGAUGACCAGUUUCUUCUCUGUUACUAUAGCAACAAUCUGCACUCUAUAGUAGGGAUAAGUCAGCCCUUCAAGAUCCCGCUUCGCUACUUUUUGAGGGAUGACGCACUGUGUGAGCCUGAACCACAGAUCUGAGCCCAGAUGGGAGUGAAUGAAUCCAGGGCGGAGGCUAGAGCUGGAAGCCAGUUCUGCCUCAGCAUUGCCAGGAGCGCUGGGUCUGGCCCAGCCCCUGAGGAGGCGGCUGAGUAUCCUCCAGCUCCCCACCUCCCAGGGGAGCUCAGCCAGACUCUUCUGCUCUCUCCAGGCCAGAUGAACUGGCCGUUUAAUACAGGUUUUUGUUACUGAGA